AUGGAGAAGGUGAUGAAGCACUCGCACACGUUCAGCGCGCUGGUGCGCAAGUUCCCCAAGAAGCUCCAACACCAACAGCAGAACGGCGAAGAGGUCGCAGCUCUCACGGUGUCGGCCACGACUUCGCCUUCGUCGCUGCCCUCGUCGCAGCUCGGAUCUUUCUUCUUCCCGGCGCGGCUGCGGGACGACACCUGGGUCGAGCUCAACCACUUGUGCAGCCCGCUCCUCAAGGGCGACGGCAACUGCCCGCCGCAGCCGGACGAGCACCACAAGCGCGAGAUCGAGACGCGCAUCAAGCUUCUCCGCAACGUAGAGGAUUUCUGGGGCUUCCCAGGCCGAAGGAAUUUCCAUCAACUCGUGCAGCUCUAUGAGGAUGGACACUACCAGCGCUUCGCCGCGGCCGUGGCCCACAUCACCCCUGCCAUCAACGACCAGAUCUUGGGCGCCCCGACGUGCUGGGUGGAGUGCAUGAAGCUGGUGCCCGAGGACCUCUCCGACCCGCCCAAUGGGUGCAAGCUUCGCCCCGGCGAGGGCAUGACCGCCAUCGGCGAGCUCGACCCCGGCAUUUUGACUGGGCCUCUGUCGACCGUGUGGCAAGAGUUCGUGCGCGCCAUGGUGGAGAUCUUCGACUACGAGCCGGGCACGACGAUCGUGGCAGCGCCCUACGACUUCCGCCUGGCACCCAGCAAGCUGCAGGAGCGCGACUACUUCUUCCGAUCGCUCAUGGUCAAGAUCGAGCUCACCGUGGAGACCCAGCGCCGGACGAAGAAGCUCGCCCACCCCGGCCUCAUCGUCAUGGCUCACUCUAUGGGCAACAACGUCUUCAGGUAUUUCCUGGAGUGGCUUGAAGACUACCAGAAGGACAAGUACCAGGCGUGGCUCGACGACAACAUCGCUGCCUAUGUGGCCGUUGGUGCUCCCCUGCUCGGCGCGCCGCAAGCCUUUGAAGGCAUCAUGAGUGGUGUUACCUUUGGUCUGCCUCGCAUCAGCCCCGAGCUCGCCCGGGAAAUGGCCUCCACGUUUGGUACACCUUCGUGGAACAUUCCGUUCAAUCCGCGGGGAGAGCAUAGCAACAUCUGGCCGAUCGACAACCUCAUCACCAUCACCGCCAACGCGGACUGGGCCAAGACGCAGCAGCAGCGCGACACUGAAGCCAUCCGCCAGCAGGAGGAGGCGCUCUUGGCCGCUGCCAACGCCGAAUACGAACGGAGCAAUGAAACGAAUGAUCAGCAGAAGGCCGAGGCGCUGCAGAAGCGACAGGAGCAGCUGAAGAAGAGGGCGCGGAAGAACGACAAGGUCAAGCCCUUCCCGUGGACGCAGGUCUACAACUCGUCGCAGAUCCUCGACGCGCUGAACGACAUCGCCCCGGUCGACAGCAAGGUCAACAACACGGUCAACAUCAUCAACAAGUACUACCUCUCCGAUCCCGUCAUGGAGCACUACACGACUUGGUCUCGCCCGCCCAUCAAGAAGGUCAUCUGCGCCUACGGCAUCAACAUGCGCACCGAACUGGGGUACCACUACACCACCGAUCUGCUCAGGGAACAGUGGCGCAUCGAGGACAUCACCUACGAAGACAAGGGCAGGAUAUACUCUGAGCUGACCGGCGCUACCUACCCAUCCGGCGCCAACACCAAGUCUGGCGACGGCACGGUGCCCUAUGUGUCCCUGUCGUGGUGCCACCGGUGGCUGGGCGACGAUGUUACCGUCACCAAGAUUCCGCAGCGUUUCUACAAUAAGGACGACCCGAACAAGGACAUCAUUAUUCAAGGCGAGCCGUUGAUCACGUUCUACGAGUCUGUGAACAAGACCGGACGUGGUUCGGCCACUGCCGUGUGGGAGAUUGACGCGGUCGACCACAGAGACGUCAUCAAGAACCGCGUUUUCCUGCGCGAGUUUGCGGAGGAGAUCCUGCACGAACAUUCCAUCCUGCAGCAGAUGGCCGGUGAGUAUGGCGAAGGGAGUCCGUCCAUUCCGUCGUUUGGCUCGUUUGCGCAUAAGGCUCUGGUGUUCAUCUACUCUCGUGAAGAGGUCCUCAAUGAAGUGCUGACUCUCUUUUUUCGCAUCGGUCGCCAGCACGCACGAGUGCCUCGCGGAGACUAUGACUGCGCGUGGGACUAUUUGGCUGCCAAGUGCAAGUACCCCGAGUUUUGUGAAUACCGUUACGUGUUUGGCGACCUCACGCUGGACCAAUCGUGCCGACUGAAGCCGUCGGUGAAGCAGCAGAUCAUCCCGCCGUCGGUCGCCCACGCUGUGUCCGCCCCGCACACUGAGGUGGUCGUGGAGACUGACGAGAUGGUGGCUGUCGUCGACCAACAGCGCGUUGUCGAAGUCGAACGCACCGCCCACGAGGGUACUGUGCGUGAUGGUGGCAAGGUGCUUCACAUGUAG